GUGGAAGGUGAAGGUUUGAAUAUUUUCCACUUCAGAAAAGGAGAAAAGAAAGAAAGAAAAAAAAAAAAAAGAAGAAGAAAGAAAGUUAUUCAGCCAAAAACAGGAAACACAUGGGCUGGGGCAGAGGUUCUGGGUUGAGUACCCUUGCUCUUCCAGUAAGACAGUCAGCAGAGAUUUGACUUCUCAGCAAGAGUGACUUGCUCCUCAGAGCACUGGGUGAAGCCAAGCAUGGGCUGCAGGUUCUGGCUCUGGCUGCUUGUCUCUCUCAGCCACGUCUGUGGAACAAGUCGUGGGACAGGGGAGAGAGUCCUGGGCACCCUGGGGAUGGCAACAACACUGAGGGUCCCUCCCGAGUUCCAAAACCUCACCCGACGCUUUGGAGAAGCGACGUGGAAGAGGCACACAGAAGACCCAAAGCACAAACUUGUCCUGCUCAGGUACACAGAAGGCAACUACACCAACUACAAGAUGGGAAGAACUCGCUUCCACGAGGUGGAUUUCUCCUUGGAGAUCCUCAACACCAGCAGGCAGGACAGGCAGCUCUACGAGUACUCGGUCAACAAGGGGCCGGCGGAGGAAGUCUUGCAGAUCUGGCUGGACGUGUUUGAGCCCGUCUCUGAUCCCAGGAUCCAGCACCUCAGCUGGUCCAUGGCCAACGGCAGCUGCACCAUCACCCUCAACUGCACAGCAGAACGAGGGGACAACAUCUCCUACAGCUGGGUCAACCAGGACCUCAGCACCCCGGGGCUCUGCUCCAGCUCUGGCAGCAUCCUGCACCUUUCCUACCCCUUGCAGAACACCAGCAUCUCCUGCAGCUGCAGGGCCACCAACCCCGUCAGCUACCAGGUCGUCACCUUCAACUCCUCCGGGUGCAGCUACAAACAAGAUGACAGCUCCAGGCUGACAAGGAACCAGCUCAUACUGGUGGUGCUGCCUGUGGUUUUAGUGAUGAUCUUCAUCAUGGUCAUCUGUUGGAGAAGGCACACGGCCUGCAAGAAGCAAGAACAUCCACCAGUGGCCCAGGCCACGGGGGUGCACACCAUCUACUCCCAGGUGCAGAGGGUGGAGAGGAGGAGAAGUCACCCCACUGAGCACCCACCCUGCACCACCAUCUAUGCUGCAGCCACUGGGCAGCCCCUGGACAAGGCCCCAGGUCCCAGCAGAGCCCCAAGCCCCUCAUCUAGCUCCCCAGAACAGCCACAGGAACCCACGACAGUUUAUGCCUGUGUGAUGAUGCCCGUGGCCUGAACCUCUCCAGGAAACAACCCAGCCCAGCCUCUGCUCACCAACAUCCACGUUCCUGGCUGGAAAAAACCCCUCUCAUCCCUAGGGAACGGGGGCACAACCCACCAGCAACGUGCCAACCUCCACCACAGCCAAACUGGGGCUGCAAGGUCGGCCACGGGGGUGAGGGACGGUUGGAGCAAAGAGCAAGAAAACUCCCCGGGGGGGGGUCUCAGCGAGGUUGGUGAGGGGUGAAGCACCAGGAGAGGGUCGAGGGGCUCUGGGUAAGACCCCACAAACCGACCUCAGUCCUCUGGCCCCCGCUUCCCUAGCGGGAGCCCCCGGCUGGUGGCAGCAGGUGCCACGGGUGACGCGCAGCUCGGUGGCUUCCAGGCAACGGGGAGAAAAACCACCAGAAGAGGUUUCUUUCCUUCUGGUCUCUCAACUCCUGCACCCCAAACCGGUUCCAAAACACCCGAAUAUUGGCUCCAAAGGGAGGAAGGAAGAUCUGCCACCCCCUCGGGGCUCAGCCCUGCCCGGCACCCGCCCCAGCUCUGAGGGAACCAGUGACGUCCAGGAUGGUUUUUCCAUCCCAACCCUUUCUCCUGGACGCCUGAGGGAGAAGAAGAACUUCCAGGUGGACAAUUUCAAGCUGAAUUUCUAGCCGAGAGGGGGAGGCAGCCCCCCCACCCUGCCCCCACCCCCUUUUCCUGCAGCAGCUCCCUGUGGAAAAACCCAACGUGGAGAUGCUGGAGGUGACCUGGAGGAGGGACCAGGGCUGUGAACUCUUUCCAAACCCUUUCUCCCAGUCCAAGCUAUUUAA